UUUGCGCAGGCCCCGUCGAAAAUCUGGUCGAGCUGAAGCCACCGAUCAAUGACGCAGAUUCUCGAGCUAGGCAUGGAGGAGAGGAGACGACUCCCAACCACGAGGAAGAGCGAAAAGCUCCCUCGCACAACCUCAUCUGCGUGAUGACAGAGAAGACCAGUGUCAAGGAGCAGUUCCCCGCCGAAGCGUGCGACUUCGUGGUCUUCAUGGAUCUCACCUACAAUGGCCAAGAGGACAAGCUGGUGCCAAAGGCCAACGGCUCGGGCUUCGAGCUGUUCAGUGCGAUGGCGGCCAACGGGUCUGGCAACCACCUGGUGGCCGUCAGUCACGAGGACAUUCGCGAGUGCAUCGACAAGUGGAAGGACCCGCUGGCCCUGUCUCACUUCGUCAUCACCACCUCGUCGUGGAUCACGAAGAACAAGUUCGACGGGCUCGCCUUCCUCGGACUCGUAGUCGCCAACGAUCGCUUUCCCACGCUGCACAAGAUGCUGCAGAAAUUCCACGAGUCAUUUAAGGAGAACCGGCCACGGUCACUGCUGCUAAUGUUCGGCAUCCAGGUACAGAACUACAGGGCAUCACCAGUCGAACUGCUUCAGAAUCUGCAGAAGAUUGUCAAGGUGGUCGAUUACACCAUCCUGGAGACUCACCACUCGCGGUCUUCGACCACGUGCAAUGCUCUUCUGCCAACGUCAUUCAGAGAAUACAGCGACCUGUCCGACAAUCUGCCUGUGGUGACGGCGCUCGACUGGACCAUUCAGCUGCAGAAGGGCGUGGAGCCGACGCCCAACCUGUGCUUCUCGCUCAACUUGGCUUCCCUGCACUACACGCUUAAGACGACCACCACCCACGUGGGCGCGCCCUGCGACAGCGAACACUUAAUACCCUACAACAAGGCGCGUAUCAUACGGCGUAACAAAAAAGGCGAUAAGGGCCCCUAA